UCAACAAUUCACCUCAUUGCAGGCCGCUGCCUUGUAAAUUAUUUUCUAAUCACAAGGGAAGCCAAAUUUCAUCACUGGUCUAUGAUUGGCACAAACCCAUAUUUUUUUAGUGCAGAAAAGGUACAUUGGGUAUAUCAUGAAUUCGUACAAUUUAUGCUUAUAAAUCAGCCCAAGGGAGAUGUCAGGACUACCACAAUGGCAGGCAGGAAAAUCUCACAUACCCACAUGAAAAUAAUAACAAGAGCAAUAUUUGUUCUCUGCCUGUUCCAAUCAGUAGCAUAUUUCUGUGUUGCAGAAGAUGAGAAUGUUAUUCGGGCUCUGUUGGAGUCUUCCAAAGCUAUGGAUAAGAACCAAUCAGUUCUGACCAGCUGGAAAGAAGACACAGACCCCUGUAAAUGGACUGGAAUAACCUGCAAAGGUGGCAGCCAUGUUACACAUAUUGUGUUAGAAGGCCUCCAGCUCAAUGGGACCCUUGAUUCAAAAGCCCUCUGUCAGGUAAAAACCCUAAGAGUCCUGAGCCUGCAAGACAUUGGCAUUCAAGGCCCUCUUUCCUCAGACAUAUCAGCCUGCACGAACAUACAGCGAAUAUAUCUGAGAAACAACAAACUGUCAGGGCCCAUACCUGAGGAACUGACCGGCCUGAAUCGGUUACAACUCCUGGACCUCUCCAACAACUACUUUUCAGGCCCGGUUCCGGCCUUCAAUGGCGCCUCCAUUACCCUCGACAUCUCGGGAAAUCCGGCCCUAUGUGGUGGACCCCAAAUGCAGCAAUGCAGCAUUGAACCUGCAGCCAGUCCGGUAACAUCUCACCGGAAAAAGAGAGCUGCCGCCCGGUUCGCCAUGUGGGCGGGCUACGUUGCUUUGGCAGUAACGCUGCUCUUUGUCUUCACCUUCAUUUUUCUCCACCGCAAAAAGUACUACAACAAAAUAGAGGCGAAGGUGGAGAAGGUCCGUAGCGGGUGGAGCGCUACACCCUCUAAAGCUACGACACCUGGAACGAUGACACCGUCGAAAAUGAACAAAAGCUCCGAGUUUUUGACAUCUAUGAGCUCGGAAUACGCGGUGUCGAUGGUGGACUCGAAGUCCACAUCGCUCGUGUUUUUGGAUGAGCGGCGGAAGGGCAUGAAGUUCGAGGAGCUUCUUCGCUCCUCGGCUGAGCUGCUCGGACGAGGCGGCCUUGGGAGUCUCUAUAGGGUUGUCUUGUACGAUGGUAGCAGUUGGGUGGUGAAGAGAAUCAGGGAUAUUCGUGUCCCUCGACAGGACUUUGAGCGACGAAUGGCACUGAUCGGCCGGCUUAAACAUCCCAAUGUUCUACCUCUGGUGGCAUAUUAUUGUUCUAAGGAAGAGAAGCUACUUGUCUAUGAUCAUCUACGCAACGGAAGCAUUUCUACACUGCUGCAUGGGCACUUUGAAGACAAAAAACUGGACUGGCAGACAAGAUUAGCAGUGGCAAGUGGAGUAGCCCAUGGUCUUGCUUACCUCCAUCACCAAAACCCAAACUCCCCUCAUGCCAACCUCAAAUCCUCCAACAUCCUCCUCAAUGACAAAUAUGAGCCCUGCAUUUCAGAAUAUGGUCUAUUCUUCCUCCUUGAUGAACCUGCAGGAAUUUCCCCAGGCCAAUGGAGUGGCUACAAGGCACCAGAAUACAACCAAACCAAAAGAUUUACCCACAAAUCUGAUGUCUACAGCUUUGGCAUCAUGCUUCUAGAGCUCCUCACUGGAAAACCAGUGGACAGCUCAGGGCUGGAUUUGCCCAGGUGGGUGACCUCUGUUGUUAGAGAAGAGUGGACUGUGGAAGUGUUUGAUCAGAGCAUGGUGCAAACUGGGUCUCACUCCAGUGAGGACAGAAUGGUGCAACUGCUCAGAAUUGCUGUGAGUUGUGUGUCUAAUAAUCCUGCAUCCAGACCAGUAAUGGCAGAGGUGUCUAGGCUUAUUGACAAGCUUAAGGAGGCAGAAGAACAGAGUAUUGAUCAGAGUUAUAUGGAGUCCUCCUCUACUUCUACAUCCUAUGUUUCAGGCAAUGCAACACCUGAUAGAACUCCUAUGUCUGUGAGUAGGUAGUAGGAUUGUAAUUCAUGUAGGGUUUUCAUUAUGUUUUCUUUCAUCACAUUCCAUGCCCUAUUGGCAGGGUUUUGUGUAGAGGAGCUUUGUAUUGGGUGUUGUAUUUGUUGAGGCAGACCUUGUAAUUUGGCCUGUAUUGGAUGUUAGUUUUUUCUUGAAUAAGGCCUUUUGAUUUUGGCCUGGUUAGGAGUAAUUUAAGAUAGAUAAUCUUUGGUUGAAUUUUUUAUGUAGAAAUCAGCUCUAAGUUUAUUUUUAAUGUAGAAAUCAGCUUAACAUU